CACUUUACUUGGUUUCUCAGCCGUUACACUUCCAACCACCACCACAAACCACCACCACCAUGGCUCAAUCUUUCUCCACCACUCUCCCAAAACCCACCUCUUCAUCCUCCCCUGCAUGCACUCUCCUCUUCAUCUUCACCCUCUGCAUUCUCACUCUCUACACUCUCCACCACCACCACAACCCCCACCCACCACCACCACAAUCCACCACUAACCCACCGUCUGUCUCCACCUUUAUCAGUUCUGCAUCCAACUACACCAUAUCUACCUACCUCCGCCACCUCACCCUCCACCCCCACAUCGCCGGCACACCACCGUCAUCCGCCGCCGCCGCUUACGUCACCUCCCACUUCCAAUCCUUCAACAUCCCAACCCACGUGACAAAUUUUUCAGUACUGUUAUCAUACCCAGUUAGCUCAUCACUUACGGCGCACUUUAGCAAUUCUAGUACUGUUUCGCUAACGUUAACGGAGCCCGGGUUUGGGUCGGACUCUGAGGUUGUAAGACCGUACCAUGCAUACUCGCCGUCGGGGACGGCGUACGGUAAGGCGGUGUACGUUAGCCAUGGGAGGGAGGAGGACUAUCGUGCGCUGGCGGCGGCUGGGGUUAAUGUUAACGGGUGUAUAGCGGUUGUGAAAAGAGGUGGUGGGAUGUCGAGAAAUGCGGUGGUGGUUAAGGCGGCGGAGAGAGGGGUAACGGCGGUGGUUAUGUUUACUGACGGUAACGGUAACGGCGUUGAGAGAGGGACGGUUUUGGAUGGUGUGGGGGACCCACUUACACCCGGGUGGGGUGCAAGUGGUGGUGGUGGUGGGGAUGUGGAGAGGUUAAGGGUGGAGGAUAGUGAAGUUUCGGGUCGGUUUCCGGUGGUGCCGUCGCUGCCGGUAUCGGCGGAGACGGCUGCGGUGAUAUUGGGCUCACUUGGUGGGCCCAGGGUGGCCCAUAUUUGGAAAAAUGGUGAGGUUGACCAAGUGAGGAAGUUUGACAGGGUUGGGCCUGGACCAACUUUCUUGAAUUUUACAUAUGAGGGGGAGAAUAAGGUGGGGGUGAUCCAAAAUGUGUUUGGAGUGAUAAAGGGGUCGGAAGAGCCUGACCGGUUCGUGGUGCUUGGUAACCAUAGGGAUGCGUGGACCUAUGGAGCGGUUGACCCGAAUAGUGGGACCGCUGCGCUUAUUGAUAUUGCGCGUAGGUAUUCUUUGAUGAUGCGCUUGGGGUGGAAUCCUCGGAGGACGAUUUAUUUAUGCAGUUGGGAUGCAGAAGAAUUUGGGAUGAUUGGAUCUACCGAAUGGGUUGAGCAAAAUCUUGUUAAUUUGGGCUCAAAGGCCGUGACGUAUAUCAACGUGGAUUGUGCUGUUCAAGGGCCUGGUUUUUUCGCAGCUGCAACGCCUCAACUAGAUGAUAUUCUAGUCGAGGUUACUAAGAAGGUUACGGAUCCCGAUAGCUCGGGUUCAACACUCUUUGAUAAGUGGAGAACAAAUAAUGAAGGUUAUCCUUUGAUUGAGAGACUUAGCGACGUUUUCUCUGACUUUUCUCCAUUUUUGCAUCACGCGGGGGUUCCUUCGGUUGAUCUUUAUUAUGGCAAAGCUUUCCCGGUUUACCACACUGCUUUUGACUCGUACGACUGGAUUGUUAAGCAUGGAGAUCCGUUAUUCCACCGUCACGUUGCGGUUGCUGGUGUGUGGGGUCUGCUUGCACUUCACUUAGCCGAUGAUCCUAUCCUACCGUUCAACUAUCUUUCGUAUGCAGCUCAGUUGCAGAACCAUACACAAUCAUUGUACAAAUUGAUAAAAGGGGACGUGUCUUUGCAUCCUAUAACGUCUGCCAUUGAAGAGCUUGCAGAUGUCGCUAAACAAGUUGAAGAUGAAAUCAAGAAAAUAAAGGAUGAAGAAGCCGAAGGUCGUGUUUCAGAUUUAAAAAGACGCGUGUUGAAUGAUCGAUUGAUGUUUGCUGAAAGAGGCUUCUUGGAUUCAGAUGGGAUUCGAGGAAGACAAUGGUUCAAGCAUCUUGUAUAUGGACCGGCUAGCGAGGGCAAACUGGGAUUUUUCCCAGGAGUUGCAGAUGCUAUUUACGAGUCAAAAAGGCAGUCAGUGAUCCAACAUGAGAUAUGGAGGGUUGGCAGGGCCAUCCAAAGGGCUGCAAGUGCUUUAAAAGGUGAACUAACCUAAUUAUAUAUAUGUAUGCUUGUUGGAGUGUAUAUAGAUGUCUCUUAACAUGAAUGAAGGUGUUCUAUCUUCCCAAUUUUGAUCAUGUAUAGGGAAUGUUUACGUCUCGUGUUUUGAGAAAUGAUUUGCGACGAAGAUGGAAAUAACCCAAGUUGUGUUUUUGACUGACCA